AUGGUUGUUGUGACCUCUACCCCUUUAGGCUCUGGUUCUCCACGAGCAACGCUUGGCACAAACGGUGUAGACGGAAGCGUCACCAAUCCUGUACCAAUGCUAGAAGGCUCUUCCGCCGGGUGGUCGAAUAGUUCUAAUCGGAAAUCAUGCAACGUGGUCCUGCAUUGGCGUUAUUCACUCAGUGGAACGUCAAGCCGGCACCAUCUUCGUGCAUUUUGCUGUGGUCAUCCUAACCAGUCUCACUGUGUGAGACAACAUCAGUGCCGUAGCGACCGGGUUCCAUUGCGACCAACGCAGUGGGUCAGUCGGUACGCUCGUUCUUAUUCCGAUCGGGCGAUGUGCGAUUGUCAUAACCUCCGAAGUUUAGCGCUUUCAUCGAAGAUAUACGGUUGCGCCGGUCAACCUUUCGAG